AUGAAGUCUAUGCAUAUUCUCAAGGAGAAUUACCAUAAAAAUGCCUAUGAACUCUUCCCCAACGGAACCAUUCAUCCAGAUAUCGAACAUCAUGAUCAUCCCAGCCACGUUACGCACCAUCUUCUUCCUGUCAUUUUCACGCUGGAAAAAGGUGACCCGGCCGUCCUCAAAGCUCAUGGACCGGGCGUCUAUUAUUUCACGGAGGGUGAAUGCCAGUAUGAGGAUCUUGCACAUCCAGGGAAAAUCAACGUAGUCAGCGCCGGUGCUGUUGUCCAUAUCGACGAGGGUUCGGCUCUCCGUUGGUCAUCGCCUUCCGUAGCGAAAGGUUGUAAACAAUUUUAUAUCAAUCGUAACGCCACAUUGCUUAUUUACGCACUGAAACAGGAUUUGGAGCAUUUUACCUCCCCGUAUCCAUCAAGAGUUUUGACUGUUUCGUUGUAUCUGCAUAAACCAGUCUUUCCUUGA